AUAAAAAAAAAAAAAAGAAAGAAAAGAAAAAGAGAAAAAAAAAUAAAAAAAAUCAACUUUUUCAGGAAAGUUAUGAAGCAACGGUAAAAUGUAUAUGUUUAAACCUUUUGUCAUUGUGAGGCAUCGUUCACGAUGUCUGGAACGGCCGAAAGCAAGAAGCGGACACAGAAUAGUGUGCGACCAUAAAAAUCUUUAUUCCUAUGGUGGAUUUAACCCCUGUAUUGCCGAUUAUGAUCGUGAUAUGAGAAAUGAUCGCAUAUGGCUUGCCAGCAAGCCACUUUUCAAAGAAAUUUGGAAAUUUAAUUUGGCCACGAAUCAAUGGAAACGUUUACCUGGUCGAGAAAAUUUGCCAGAUGAAUUAGCAUCUAAUGCAGUGAUUUUGAAGGGUAAUGCACUGAUAGUUUAUGGUGGAACAGGUGUACCCUUUGGUGACAGCUGUAACAAUCAGCUUUAUGUGUGUAAUGUCGAUGAUGGCAAAACGACAAUAGUGCCGGCAAAAGGUGACAUGCCAAAGCCACAAUAUGGACAAGCUCUGCUGUUCCACGAGCCUUAUCUUUAUACCGUUGGUGGUACAACUGGGCGAGAGUACACUUGCGAUAUUCAUAGAUUUAAUUUUAAAACUGGACUGUGGGAAAAGGUAUACAUUUGUACUGGAAAGGAUUUGUCAGAACCAAUGGGACGAUAUAGGCACGAGCUUGGAUUUGAUGGAAAGAAUAUUUAUGUUAUAGGUGGAGGAACUGGUUCUGAGGCAUUUAGUUUAGCAGAAAUUCCAACCUUUAAUCUGGAAAAAAGAAAAUGGACAAUUUCGAGUACUCAAGGUGACAGCGAAGAUAAUACAAUUCCUGCUCCUAGACGCUGUCACGGAGUGGUCCAGUAUACCGAUGAAAAGACGGAUGUAACUUAUGUUGUUAUCUCCGGAGGUACAAAUGGUACUUUUGUCUUUUCCGAUGUUUGGAGACUAGAUUUGAAUGAAAUGCAAUGGACUUGCCUAAGAAAAUGUAAACUCCCACGUCCGUUAUUCUUUCAUUCUGCUGCUUUAACUCCUCAAGGUCGUAUGUAUACUUUCGGCGGUGUAAGCAUGCAACGCGAUAAAGCAGCAAGAACAGAUGCUAUUUAUGCUGUUUGGUUAACAAUACCUAAAUUAUCUGAAAUAUGUUGGCUAGCAUUAAAUUAUUACAUUUCGGAUUUGAGAAAAAGAUCACCUGAUAAAUUGCUUCACAUUGGUAUACCAUUAAAAUUCGUUCGAAGACUUGAUCCUUGCAUAUAAUGUACUGUACACUAACAUUUGAAAUAUUUGUUAUAUAUUUUGGAACAUUGGUCAUUAUUAUUGGUUAUUUAUUGCACGAACAUUAUAAUUGUCUUUUAAUAUUGCUAGAAUUUAUUCAUAAUAUUUCUUAAAAGCUUUUAAUUAGUACGAUAACGUUAGAAAGCAGUAAUUAAUUUUUAUAUCUAGCAGAAGUAAUCAAGUUAUAAGUUUUAUUAACAUUAUUUUAUCAUGUAAUUAUUUAAUAUACAAAAAAGAAAUUUUAUCUUGCUAGAGAAAGAGUAUUAAAAAUUAUUAGAAGUAUCAUGUUCAUGGAUUUUUACAUUAUAAAAAUUUCUAUAAUACCAUAAAGUAAUUGUAUAUAUAAAAAGAUGGAUAACAAUUGAAAAUUUAUAAAAUAUUUACAUCUAUGAUUAUACUUGUUCCAAACUCUAUUUUAAAAGCGAAUGAUGUUAUUCCUAGCAAAUGGUAUUCUCUUAUAUGCUAAGUUAUGAAAUAUUUCAAAAAUACUUGAACAUAGAAUUAUAUAUUUUAAAAAUUAAGAUCGGAUACUAUAGGAGAAAGAUAUAAGAAACUGUAAUUAAAAGAUUUGUUGUAUUCACUUUGUUAGUUAGAGGUUAAAUAAUGAAAUAGUAAAUGAGUUAAAUAGUUAUUUAAAUAAUAUAAUAGAAUUCUUUCAUUGACAAUGUUCGAAUUUAAAUCAUUAUUAUCUGCAAGUAAGUUGCAGUAUAAGAAGUUAAUCUAUUGUGAAAAUUUUACAAUCGAAAGUAAUGAAAACGUAUAAAUGUCUACGUUCAUUAUUGCAGUUAUGCAACUAUAUUUAGUAAAUAAAAUUAUGCUUGUCGUACUA